CGGUGUCUAUGGAUUAUGUGUUGUUAAGAAAGCAGAGACCUUAAGAUUGCGAACCGAGAUCCUGUUACGCGUGCUCAGAAUGGCUCGAUAGAACAAGCAGGAAGUGUACAAGAUGGACGAAAAAUCAAAGUGUCCUCCACCAGAGAAAUCCCAGCUGGAGGUGAUGCUGACAUGCCCUGUGUGCCAGGACAUCUUUAAGGAGCCACGUCAGUUGCCCUGUGGACACAGCUUCUGUAUGGUGUGUCUUGAUGGCAUGGUAGACUUCGGCUUAGACACACCCUUCCGCUGCCCAGACUGCAGGGCUUACUUUGGGGUCGAAAUUCGGGUCCAGAAGAAUUAUGCGCUGGCAAACAUUGCGGAAGACUACAGAGAGAGCUUAAAGGCUAAGAACCCAGGGAUUGUGUAUUGUGACUGCUGUCCAGAGGAACAGAGCCUGGCAGUGAAGACAUGUCUGAAGUGUGAGGUGUCGCUGUGUCAAGAUCAUUUGCAGCAUCACCUGCUGCUCCCUGCCUACAUGGGACAUCCCCUGGUCAAGCCCUUAGGAGACCUGGACAAGAGAAGGUGCCCUGUCCAUGAGGAUGCCGUCCUGAAGUACUACUGCUCCAUGUCCAAAACAUACAUCUGUAAUAUCUGUGCUAUGGAUAAGAAGCAGAUGAACCUCACAAUGGAGACCAACAAUCUGGGAAGAAAAUUGAAGGAAUUUAUGGAGCAGCAGUUCCAGGUGUUAGAGGGAAAGCUUCAGGAAUGCAAGGAUUCUAUAAGAAAGCUGAAAGAGGACUUAAACAAUGAAAUGUCAAAUCCCAAUGACUCCAGCAUUAACACUGUAACGGUUGUGUUGCUAUGCCUCUGGUUCAUAGCUCUCUAUUAUGCAUAUAGUUUCUCUGUGGAAAAUCAGAAUCUUACAGACUCUGUGAAGAAACAGCAGACUCUUUUGUAUAAUGUCUACUCAUCCAUGGCAGAAUAUAUGAUUGACAGUCCACUGAAGGGCCUUUCAAAUAGAAACUCAAGAGAAGGAAACCAUGCUCUGACUCUAGACGUGGACUCUGCGAGCCCUUUUCUUAUGGUGUCCCCGGACCUCCAGUCUGUGGAGAGACUUGGGAAAAAACAGACCCUCCAUGACCACCCUUCUCGCUUCAACAAAGUCCCCCAAGUUCUCACCACCCAGUGCCACUCCUCCGGGCGACAUUACUGGGAGGUAGAGGUGGAGGGAUACUGGGACAUUGCUGUCUCCUACAAGAGUAUUAGGCGCAAGGGGACGGAGGGUCCUGCUUUUGGCCUGAACAAGGAAUCCUGGAGCAUCACACACAAUGACAAGGGAAACCUGUUUGCCUACCACAACAAAAUAAAGCGGGAGCUCGCUAGGUCUUUGAAAGGCAACAGAGUGGCAGUGAUGGUGGACUUUGAGAAUGGAACAAUCACCUUUUUUGAAGUGGAUUUGAAAAAUACCAAGCUACACCAAUUUAAUGCUGAACUGAGUCAGCCUGUGUGCCUUGGAUUUGGCCUUUACAAAGUAGACCCUCCCAGUAGAGUCACCAUAAUUUGAUGUGGUAGUAGCCCUACUUAUUUUAAAGCACUGGACCAAUGAAUUUUGAGAAUUAUGAAGUAGUAUCUCAGCUGAAUCAAAUAAUGUGCAAUUCUUUUUUAUUAAACAUUGUAUCAACAUCA